UUCACUCCGGACCUGCUUUCAGUUUUCACAAGCAGCCCAAGUGAAUGAAGUGCUUUUCACCGGAAGGACGUUUACCUUUCGGUAGAGACCUUCUUUGGGAUCAGAUGUGCAAAGCAACGUGUGAGGGAACUCCCUCAGUCCUUCAACGCAUCACACCGGCCAGCUCUAAGAGUGGGAUGCUCUCUGUGUGUGAAGGGCUCAUUCCUUCACGCACACGUCUGUAAUUACUGAGCUGAUAUUGAAAGGCAGGCACGGAGCAGCGAGACGAUCCGAGUGGACUUUUCAGAUCAAUUUUCUUGUUCCUAGUUCUCUUCGUGGAAGCCAAUUUCCUUGUGAGAAGUUUGAAUCUACGAAAUAUCACAAAUUCCUCUCAAGCUGCUACCAUGUGGGGGCCGUUCCAGUUGCUGUUGAUCACUUCCAUUUGUUUAACCAAAAGAGUUCAAGCUGUCCAAUGGGGUAGAUGUGAACAUGUGGAAGUGCAAAAGAAUUUUAGUCUUGAUCAGUAUAUGGGAACAUGGUAUGAAAUCGAGCGACUUUAUAAUGUCACUGAAAACCACAGAUGUAUUUCUGAAACAAUAUCCUCGGCCUACAAUGGGCUAAAAACCGUAUAUGAGAUUAUCACUUUGAUUACGAAGGGUAAUGAGGUGACUGCACACACUGCAGAAUUAAUUCCACCUGACAAGACAGCCAAAGAUCAAUCAAAACUAAUCUACAGACUUGAACAAAUAAUGCAAGAGCCUUUAGAUGAUAAAGCUUUUGAUUACUGGGUGUUAGACACUGACUAUACAAGUUACUCUCUGGUAUUCUCCUGUGUAUCAUUCCUUGGCAUAACACACACCCAUUAUGCCUGGAUUCUUUCAAGAGAACGACAGCUGUCAGCAAAUACCACACAGUACCUGCAUGAUGUUCUGGAAAAAUAUAAGAUUAAAACUCAUGAUCUUGUGAAAAUUAAUCAAGAAGAUUGCACAUAAGAGCUAAUCAGAAUACAUAUAAAAGAUUGUAACCUGCGUCAAAAUGCACUUAAUUUUAGUUUACUCCAUUUUAGUUUAAACUGGAGUUAGCAAAGCUGAAAUUAUAUGAUAUCUGCUACAGUUGCUGUGUUUGACUAUGAAUGGAGUCAUCUUCAUCAAAUCUGAUUGUGACAUUUCAAUCAAUAUUUUCUGCUCCCAAUAAUUUUAUUAGAUAGAAAAAUCAUGGACUGGCAAUAAAUAAGCAGAAAAUAUGAUUUUGAGCUCAAUGACUUUAAUGUUUGACCUCCGAGUUAUAUUUUUGCUAUUCUUAUGUUAUUCAAUUAAAUACUAUGCAAUACUUAGAACUUUGAUUAGUUUGGGAUUGGUACAGUUACUUGGCUUUGUGCACUACAAGAGUAUCAGACAUCUAUUACACCGAGUGCUUUAUGGGCAAUAAA